CUCUCUCUCCUUUCCUCUCUCCCUCAUCUCCCCUCCCACUCUAUGCUAGUGUGUGAGUAGCUCUCUCUCUCUCUACCCCUCGCAGGCACGCACUCUGUCAGUGGAGGAGAGGGUUUCGAAAUCCAGCUGUAGCUCAAAGUGAUCGCCUCCUUGGGCAUAUCCAUCUAAGAGGAUUCUGCCCUUUUUCCCCUCGUACCACUUUCUUUUGCUGUUCUGAACCUGUAGGAUUUCUUUUUUUUAUCUGCCACUCAGGUUAGUGAUAUAGUGAGUGUUCUGCUGAAGAAUAACAGAAGUUUUUCUUACAUGGCUGAAGCACCUGCCUAUCUCAUUUAUGCUUUUUUAUUGACGUGAUCUGUGUGUCCUAACACACAACACAGCUUAAGUAAUUCCUUUUUGGUCUACUGGAAUUGUUUUAUUUUGCCAUAAAGGGUUUCUUGCUGACAACGUGGUAGGAAUCCCUGAGUAAACUCUUCGGAGAGACCAUGAGUUGGACUCAUUAUAAAUGCUAAACGUCUGUCUGCUUGGAGCUACGCCAUCUGUGGAAUUCAAUCAAGAGAUGACCACUGUGUCAAUGGAGCCCAUAGUGGCGAUGGUGGAAAAGAUUUCCAAUGUCACCGAGCGUCCAGUAGAAGCUUCUACUGAAGACAUGGCUGCCACCUUCACCAUUGGCACCAUCCUGUCCCUAAUGUGUCUUGUGGGUGUGUCUGGAAAUAUCUACACGCUCGUGGUCAUGUGCCACUCCAUGCGCUCGGCUGCAUCUAUGUACAUCUACAUCAUCAACCUGGCUCUAGCUGAUCUGCUUUACUUGCUCACGAUUCCAUUUGUGGUAUGCACUCAUUUCCUGAAGGGAUGGUACUUUGGAGACGCCGGGUGUCGGAUCCUCAUCAGCAUGGACUUCCUUACCAUGCAUGCCAGCAUUUUCACCCUGACAGUUAUGAGCACAGAACGUUACUUUGCUGUACUCAAGCCUCUGGAUACAGUCAAACGCUCUAAGAGCUACCGAAAAGCCAUCGCCUUUCUGGUGUGGACGGCCUCGCUGAUUCUCACCUUACCCAUGAUCAUCGGCGUCCAGCUGAUGACGGAGAGCUCCAAGCCAAUGUGUCAACCCACCCUGAGCCCUCUCUCGUAUAAAAUCUACAUCUCCUUUCUCUUUGGCACGAGCAUUGUGGCUCCAGGGGUGAUAAUCGGGUACCUAUACAUACGCCUGGCACGAACUUACUGGAUCUCCCAGACUGAGACUUUCAAGCAGACCAAGAAGCUCCCAAACCAGAAGGUCCUGUAUCUGAUCUUCACCAUUGUGCUCCUGUUCUGGGCCUGCUUCCUGCCUUUCUGGAUUUGGCAGCUUCUAGGUCAGUUCCAGCCCGCGCUGGAUCUCUCCACCAAGGCCAAGCGCAACAUUAACUAUCUGACCACCUGUCUGACCUACAGCAACAGUUGCAUAAAUCCGUUCCUCUACACCCUGCUCACCAAGAACUAUAAGGAUUACCUUCGCAAGAGACAGAGGACUUGGACGGCUGGCAGCUACCUCAACCGAAGGAACCGCUUCCAGCGGUCGCCCCGUCGCUCCUUGUCCUCCAGCAGUCAGCAGUGCACGGAGAGCUUUGUUCUUGCACAUACUUCUCGCACCAACAAUAGCAGCCUCUGAGGGAAAGAUGACUGUCUGGGGCAAGACAAGAGGAAAGCAAGCCAAGACGGCUGUUAUCUCCCUCCUCCAAACAGAAGAGGGAGAGCAAAGGAAGAGCAAGAGAAGAAAAGCAAGUCAUGGGACAAGGAGUAUCCCCACAUUAAGGGGCCAAUGUGGGGUUGGAGUUGCCACCACCUCACCUGUUGAUCCGUUUCAAUCCUGGAUGACUUUUAAGAGGGAAAAAACAAUUCCCAGUUCAUCGUUUUUUCUCAAACUCUGGGCUAUUAUCACUGUGAACUGGGUUAUUUUUUAUAUAUAUAUUUAUUUUUUGAUCAUCUGUCAAACUUUGUCAUCAAGAAUCAAAUUUCAAAGUAGGGCAAUAUCCAAGAGAAAAAUGGGAGAACUUUCAUCUCCCCCUGUCCCAAGUGACGCACUAUGAUGAGAGUCAUUUCCUUCAAACAACUGCAAUAGUAGCCAUCAGAAUCCUUCCGAACAUGACUCACAUCAAAAAAGAGGCAUAUUUCCUAGUGCAAAAAUCAGUUUCUCUCAUAUUUAUGAAAAGAUUCUUGCUCUAUUUGAUCUUAUGGGCUGUGUUUGACAUGAAGCUUUUCUAUUUGAUUGUCUUUGAUGAUUUGAUGAUUUUCAUUGUAGGGUACUACAAUGCAGCCAUGGAAAGCCCUCCAGAACACUGUGGGAAGGACUUCUCCACACGCUUUUAUUUUUCAGAGUGCUGUAUUCCAUUCCCCGGGCCUGUCAAAUGGAUUCUCUCUGAUCAGUGAGGAUUCUGUCUCCUCCAUCCUAUUUGCUUGAGGCAGACAAGACUGGAGGUUCUGCGUCGACCUCAGACUGACCUGAGAGCUGUUUCUCCAAACUACAAUGCAGAGGAUGCUUGGUUUUGACUUCUAAUGAGUUGGACAUUUAUACUUUCCAUACUGACAAAUCAUCCAUAUGGAAGGCCUGUACACAUAUAGGAUAAACACAAUAUGAGCAUUGCAGAGUGAAACUCACCAACUUGGCAACUUUAGCUUCCUGACUCCAAAGGAAUAGAUUAUUUAUCUUAAUGCACAAUGGCGCUUAUUAUUGUUGGGCUCUCUAUUUGUUUUACACAAAAGAUAAACAGGAAAGUACUGCCCAAAGUCUGUAUGUUGCUUUGGUAUGUUAAAUCCGAGGAAUGCCUAUUUUGUUUUUGUACAGAGAGCUUAAAUAUACAUGGUAACACGUUAAUUCCUUAACAAUAUUUAUACUGCAUUAGGAAUGCAUUAACUAUCAUAAACUAAUAAUAAACAUUUUCUAAAGCACUUAUUAAUCUAGGUUAAUGCUAAUUUAAUUUUAUAAGUACUAUUGUUCACUUUUAAUUCAUGCAUGUUCACAACAUGGACAUAUCUUAAAAUAUUUUAAAGCUUCUGCUAAGAAAAAAGCUACAACGUACAAAACAAUCAGUCCAACAACAAAACAAAUAUUGCACCAUUAUUACAGUAAUAUUAAAACUGAAGUCCUCUGAGGUAGUGUUGUCACAAUACUGGAAUUUCUAACUUCUAUUAGAUACCUUGAAAAAUAUCUAUAUUCUGUACAAUUUUUUGAUACCACAGGGAAAACUGCCAUAUACUGCAUUGCUGAAUUCGAACCCGCAUAUUAGCAUACUACUAGAAAAAUAUGGUAAUCGUAGUAGUAUACUAGUAUGCGUUUCUGAAUUAAUAUAGUUGUAUGUGGUUCUGAAUGCUUGAACUUUCAGAUGACAUUGGAAAACACAGUGUCAUAAUUGCAAUCCGAUAGGAUUCCGGAAGUCCUAUAGCUUUAUCCAAGCAGCAUGUCAUGUCACUUCCGUGAUCUGCACAUUUCCUUAUGUUGUGUUGUCAUUCGAGACUAACUGCUCUAAAUAAAGAUGUGACGUACUUAACUAAUGUUUCGCAAAGUUACAAACAAAAAUGUGGCUCAAAAGCAUUAUGUGAACAAUCGAUUUUGGGAAUUUAUGUAAAUCGACAUCGCAAAUCGAAAUAUUGAUAUUUUUGACAACACUACUCGAAGGUCAUGUUCACUACAGAUGUCACUAUUCUGUUUGUAUGAAACAAGAGAGCAUGUGUCCGCGGUAUGAUACGAGAGACAUGAAAGUAGUGGCGGUUAAAGUUACAGGAUGAGCGGACUGAUAUACAGCGUUUUCAUUAUUUUGCAAUUGAAAUGUUAAAAUGUGGUAUUGACAUUAACCUAUAUUAAUACAUGAUUAAUACAUGCUGUAAAAAAUAUUGUUCAUUGUUAUUUCAUGAUACCUAAUGCACCAAUGUUGACAAAUUAUUGUAAAGUGUUACCAUAUACUUAAUGACUGUGUUGUGUUUUAUGUUAAAUUUAUAUGGGCAGAUUACUUGUAAAUAUUACUGCUAUGUUAUUUAAAUUUUUGCCUACAUCUUUGUUUACACAAAAGCUAAUGGCAAUCACAGAUCAGGUGAAGUACACAAAUAUGUAUUAUAUGAACUAUAAAAGAAUAUAUAUAUAUAAUGCACCUAUUGCAAAAUAACACUACAAUAAAAUUAAAAAAUAAAUAAAUAAAUAAAUCAGAGGGAGAAGCCUUUCUAUGGAGUAUGAGAAUUCAUAGUUCCAAGGCUGAAUUUUGUACCUCAAGGGAGAAUGAGUUAGUUCCAAAUGACUAAAACAGUACACUUUUUCAACUGCUGUGUAACAAGUUAAUUUAUUUCUAAUAUAAACUUUCAAAUGGACAUGUUUUUAGAAGAGCAUUUAGUGUGCAAAUACAAACAACCAGAGGCAGUUCAAAUGCAAUGCAGGAAUGCAAAAACUGUUAUUUUUAAGAUGUUUGGUUGAGACCUACACAGAUAAUUCUAUAGUAUAGUUUCUCUGUGUUAUUGUUUUGCUAUUGUGUUGUGAUGCUGUUUUUUUUUUUUUCUUUCAAAUCUGUCACUGUUUAAUCUAUGUGCAAUUGCAGAAUUUCUCUUUAUAAGACCCAAUGAUGCUUGCUGAGCAAUGUACCUUAAAUGCACUCAAUAAAUAUGUUCAGUAAACGUA